AUGGUUAAAGUCGGCAUCAACGGUUUCGGUCGUAUCGGCCGUAUCGUGCUGCGCAAUGCGCUCCUCCACGGCGACAUCGAGGUCGUGGCCGUCAACGACCCCUUCAUCUCGCUCGACUACAUGGUCUACAUGUUCAAGUACGACUCCGUCCACGGACGCUACAAGGGCCACGUCGAGAACAAGGACGGCAAGCUUUACGUCGAGGGCAAGCCCAUCACGGUCUUCGCCGAGAAAGACCCCGCCAACAUCCAGUGGGGCUCCGCGGGCGCUGAGUACAUCGUCGAGUCUACCGGCGUCUUCACCACCACCGAGAAGGCUUCCGCCCACUUGAAGGGCGGUGCCAAGAAGGUGAUCAUCUCGGCGCCCUCGGCCGACGCACCCAUGUUCGUCUGCGGCGUCAACCUCGACCAAUACGACUCGAAGUACACCGUCAUCUCGAACGCGUCGUGCACGACCAACUGCCUCGCGCCGCUCGCCAAGGUCAUCCACGACAAGUUCGGCAUCGCCGAGGGUCUCAUGACCACCGUCCACGCCACGACCGCGACCCAGAAGACGGUCGACGGCCCGUCGAACAAGGACUGGCGCGGCGGUCGUUCCGUCAACGGCAACAUCAUCCCUUCCUCCACUGGCGCCGCCAAGGCCGUCGGCAAGGUCAUCCCCAGCCUCAACGGCAAGCUCACCGGUAUGGCCUUCCGCGUCCCGACUCUCGACGUCUCCGUCGUCGACCUCGUCGUCCGCCUCGAGAAGGAGGCCACCUACGACGAGAUCAAGGCCGCCGUCAAGGAGGCCGCGACCGGCCCGCUCGCGGGCAUCAUCGACUACACCGAGGACUCGGUCGUCUCGACCGACUUCAUCGGCUCGGACGCGUCCUCCAUCUUCGACGCCGCGGCCGGCAUCGCGAUCAGCAAGACGUUCGUCAAGCUCAUCGCCUGGUACGACAACGAGUGGGGCUACUCGCGCCGUGUCUGCGACCUCCUCGCCUACGCGGCGAAGAAGGACGGCGCUCAGUAA